AUGUUCGAGGCCAGAUUAUCAAACGGAGGGAUUUUGAGAAAGGUUUUUGAAGCCAUUACAAAUUUGGUUAGUGAUGUAAAUCUUGAAUGUAAUGAAAGUGGUGUGACUAUCCAGGCAAUGGACAACAGCCACGUUUCUUUAGUUGGCUUAUACUUAAAGGAUACAGCUUUUGAGAGAUAUAGAUGCGACAAGAAUAGAACUUUGGGAUUGAAUACUCAAAAUGUGGUAAAGCUACUAAAGUUAUGUUCAAAUGAUGAUCAAGUUUUACUAAGACAUGAUGACGAUUCUGAAAGCUUAAUUUUCAUCUUUGAGACUCCAGGUGGAGAUAGAGUUUCUGAAUUUGAGCUAACUCUGAUUUCUAUUGAUCAGGAUAGUCUUCAAAUUCCGGAGACCAGUUUUUCAUCUGUAGUAACCAUGCCGUCUAAUGAAUUCCAAAGACUAUGUAGGGAUAUGGCGCAGUUCUCAGAUUCCCUCUCGAUAGAUGUUACUAGCAAGAAUGUCAGAUUCUCAACUAAGGGAUCCUUAGGGUCUGGAAGCAUCAUUUUGAGACCAAAAGAAGGAGCAGAUUCAGAGGCAGUUGCUCUUGAUGUUUCAGAGCCAUGUCAGUUAGUAUUCUCACUUAGAUACCUCAACAACUUUGCCAAGGCCACUCCUUUGAGCAAUAGCGUAAAACUCAGUAUGAGUGAGAACCAACCUCUUGAGCUUGAAUACCCUUUGGAAGGCAGUGGUUCAGGUCACCUCCGAUUUUACCUUGCUAGAAAGAUCACUGAAGAUGAUGAACAAGAGUGA